AUGCCAGCCCCAAAGCCUGAUCUUCACCCGUUGAAGACACCUAAAUCAUUUACUUUCCCUUCGGAAAUCCAAAACGACCCAAAACCUUGCAGUCCGCGGGUCAUUAAACAAGAAGACAACGUGGAGAGUCCCAUUCCUACACCAUCGGCGUACACGGAGUUUUUGAAUGCUCUUACCCCAGUAUUUGCGAGCCCUGUUAGUGCUGGUGGGAGCUUUCCGAAAUUCACAUUCGACCCAUCGCCCACGUCACAACCGUCUACUGCGACAAGUCCUGCUUUUUCUUCGGCUCCAUCUCUCAAGUCGCCAUCGUUAACUCUUCCACCCCCGUCACCUCGAUAUGUCAAGCCGCCAUCACCUAAGGGACUGAAGGAGCUGAAAGAGUCAAAAAUCUCAAAAUCCCCUCAUACGCUGCGGAGAUUGCGCAUUCCGCAAUCACUCAAGACACUUUCCACAAAGGAUUUGCCCCGCACAGCAACCCCAAUGAGCGCGACUCCGCGAAGCGCGUCAGCUAUCCACUCACCCUUUUCGCCCACAAACUGGAAGCUCCAUUAUUUUAGCUCUCCCAGGAGUGCAACACCUCGAAGUGCGACAUCCACAAAGCCUGUCAGUGUUAGGCAGGUUGUCACACGCACUGUCACAUACAAACGCACACCGCUUGAUCCCCCUCCCAAGGGCAAGCGACGCAAGACUCAUGAAUGCAACAAAGCUCGUGAAUGCAAAGAGGUUUGA